AUGGGUAUCGAUAUCCAGAAACACCACGUCAAGAAGGGCAGCCGGACGGCCCCUGCAAGUGAGGAUCCCUAUCUACUCUUGCUUGUCAAGUUGUACCGCUUCCUCGCCCGCCGCACGGAUUCCUCCUUCAACAAGGUCAUCCUCCACCGCCUCUUCCUCUCAAAAAUCAACCGCCCUCCGAUUUCCCUCUCACGCAUCGUCAAGGAGACCUCCAGCGCAACUGACCGCGACAGCCAGGUUAUUGUCGCCGUUGGCACAGUGACGGAUGACGUCCGCCUGAUUGAAGUGCCGAAGCUCUCUAUCGCAGCCUUGCGAUUCACGACUGCUGCCCGGGAACGUAUCCUCAAAGCAGGUGGUGAGGUCCUCACCCUUGACCAGCUCGCACUGCGCGCGCCAACUGGUUCAAACACUAUUUUACUCCGCGGGAAGCGCAACACGCGCGAGGCGGUCAAGCACUUUGGUAUGGGUCCUCACAAGCACAAGAAGCCCUAUACCCUCUCCAAGGGCCGCAAAUUCGAGCGGGGCCGUGGUCGCCGAAAGUCGCGUGGUUUCAAGGUAUAA